AUGGGGAAAAAGACGACACGCAAGCAGAUGCAGAAAAAAGAAAGGAAAGCCGCGGCGAAGGAGGAGAAAGUAGCGGCAGCGGCGACUGAAAUAAAUGCAGGAUCAUCUACCUCGACGACACAGCCGGCACUGGCAACAGGCGCAGCGAUAUCAAAUUGUUCACCCAUGCAUGCUGAAACGAACGCACUCUUGGUCAGACUCGAGGAGAAGCUCGGGAGGCUAAGAAGCUUAACGUUGGACGACAAGACAGGGCAAGCUUCUGACCAGUCGCGAGUAGAGGUAGAGCGUUUAGGAAAACUAUCCAAGCCUGUAUGGGAGGCUCACGUAGCUGCCGUUUUCACUUUGCUGUCACUGGAAUGCUCCGAGCGGCAUCUCGCCGGCCAGGACCCAGCAAGCGACAAAAAUUUGGUUGAGCAACUUGAACUGAUCAAAUCGCUGCUAGCGCAAUGACAAGCAAGUAGAACAACCUAGAUAGCUCGAGAAGUAUCGAAACUAACAGUACAUGCGACACGGAAACUUGAAAAAAAGUUGGAAAAAAC